UUCCCCAGCGCGCGAGAUCCUGCUAACUGCUGCUAAUCAACCAACUGACUGAAACAAACUAUCCCGUAUCCUCAAAUUUUGUCAAGAAACUGAAAAGCUAACCACCACCGACUGACUAAAGCGCGUUAAACCGAGGGUUGACUGUGUGUAUUGCCACUGACAGCCGUGUAUGAGGUCGUUGUUUGUGGCUCUGUGAAGAAAGCUUCGGUGUUGUUGACAUCCAUGAUGAGCACGGAUGUGUGUUGUGUCACUAGCUUCAGGACGUAAGUAACAAACUAGCGUGGCUUUCCGUGGAAGUUUCUCUCUGGUAUGCAUUUCAACCCUUCGUUUGCUCUGGCACGGCGCUGAGCCGGACUAUCUAGCUUUAUUAUUUGGUUGGAGAUGAAGCUCCAGUGUGAUGUCGAAGUGGUUAGUCGGAUGCUCCCCUCGUUUGGGAUGAAAAGUCGAGGGAAGGGGACGAGGGCGGUGAUCUCCAUUGGGAAGCAUUUGGACAAGACGAGUCAACGCAGCAACAUUUACAUGAUGAUCUGCACAGCUAAAGACAGAGCAGGCUCUAAAUACAAGCUCAGAGACAACAUAGAAAAAUUCUUCACUUGGUUUGUGGAAGAAGGAAAGGCCACUGUGAGAUUAAAGGAACCUGCUGUUGACAUUGUUUUGAGCAAGGCUGAUGCAAACAGCUUGAAGAACUUCCUCUCAGCAGCUCGCUUGGCUGACAGAGGAAGCGACACAAGCAGCCUUCCUCUCUCCACCUUAACUCCUGUCCGUGCCCGAGACGUAGAGCAACCCAAGAAGAAGCUCACCAUUGUCUCAAAGAAGGACUACCCACUCACCUCCAACUUCCCGUACUCUCUGGAGCAGCUGCAGGUCUCCUACUGCAAGCUGUCUCGGGUGGACAUGAGGAUGCUCUCCCUUAAAGCUCUCCGGAAGCUCGACCUCAGCAACAACCACAUUAAGAAACUCCCUGCAACCAUUGGUGACCUCGGCUGCCUCUCCGAGCUUGUCCUUCACAACAACCACCUGGAGGCCUUCAGCGAGGCCCUGUGCCUUUCCACCCUGCAGCGGACCCUCCAGCUCCUGGAUCUCAGCCAGAACCGCCUGCGGUCGCUCCCCGCUCAGUUCUGCCAACUGAGGGAACUAGUGAACCUCAAACUGGACGACAAUGAGCUCGUUUGUUUGCCAUUCCAUGUGGGGAGACUCUCCAGGUUGAGGUUCCUGUCAGCUGCACAUAACCAGCUGGCUGUUCUGCCCGCUGACUUUCGUAAGCUGAGUUUGGAGAACCUGGACCUGUUUGGAAAUCCAUUUGUCCAGCCGAACCCUCUGGACCACACCAUGAAACUUACAUUCCCAGUUCCACUUCAAGAGCUGGCUUCCAGAGCAGUGGUCAGCCUCAGGAUACCAUAUGGACCUCACCUCAUCCCUGCCCACUUGUGUCGAGACCUGGAAGUAGCCAAAACCUGCAACUGUGGCCGCGUCUGCAUCAGCUUCUACAUAAAGACAGCGGUCAGCAUGAACCUGCACCAGGUCUCUCACACGGUGGUCCUGGUGGAUGACAUGGGGGGCACGGAUGCUCCGGUGCAACAGCACUUCUGCUCCCUCUCCUGCUACUCUGAAUUUUUAGACAGUUCCCUCCAGAGAGGGAUCAGAUGAGAAGGAACGGACUGUUUGUUUAAAAAAAAGUAAGAACACAAUUACAGAUGGAAAUUGCUGUGGACUUUUGCAUUAGAUUGCAGGUUUUUAGAUGCUGUUUACGUGGAAUGAGACGACUACGGUUGCAUUCUGCAAACAGCUCAGUGGUGCAGUUAUCUGGUAAUACCGUUUAAUGAAAGGAGAACAUUUAUGCUGUUAUGCUUUGUUUUUAAAAGUACUUAAACUUCCAUUCAACUUUAACGCACUUGCCACACGUUAACAAUCAGCUAAGAGAGGCACAUAAAUCCUCCUUAACUUCUCCAGCAGUCCUAUGAGUGGCACUGACUUUAUGUAAUAAUUACACGCAGCACUGACAUUACACUGACAGUUUGACUGUGCUGCUAUGUGUCACAUAUGAUCUUUUUUGUCUCAGUGUUUUAUCUCAAAUUUUAAGUUUCCCUACUGACCUACUUUAAUUAGCCAGGGGAAUAAAGAAAUUAGAGUUUUUAUCUGAACACAGUGCCUCAGGGUCCAGGAGUAUUGGCUAAAGUGAGGUGGUUUUUACUGUUCUAAUGACCCACAAUUUUAUAAACAUAAAUAUGUAAAUCAGUUUAAAAUAAAGUAUUCAUUACAUUG